CACAGUGACGAUAUAACGACGAUGAAGUAAAAUGGCGACAGGACAUAACAAAAAGGAUUCUAUAAAUUCGGGAUCUGAAGAAUGUUUUGAAACGAGUUUUAGGGAAUCACUGAGCAUAACUUCAGAUGAAAACCAUGAAAAAUGUUUUACAUGUUCUAAAGACGGGAAGGACGUUUCCGCCUUGAAAUUUUGUGUGGAAUGUGGCCAUUACUUGUGUGUUACAUGUCUGGGUCAGCACAACAGAUUUGACCUGAUGAAGGAUCAUCAAAUUUUAGAUGUUUCUAUGCUUGAUCAGGAGCGUGAAAAGACAACGCAUGUAGACAUACCAACUCAAACAACAUGUAUUGCAAGAAUUGUAACGAGGUCUGUUGUGGAGCAUGUAUUGUUUAUUCCGAACUUCUAGCAGGGACGUAUCGUUUUAAUCCACAGAAAUCCCAGAAGAGAACACACGUUAGCCCGUAUCAUUUUACAUGAAGGGUGACAAAUUGGUGGCCAGUGUGACUUUUGGGCGACAGUGUUGUGGACGAAUGGUCGGCAUUUUUUCGUACCAACUCAUGACGUCAGAGGGGCACCCCAGUAUUAGUCAAUGGAUACGCCGUAAUUGGUGGACCACAAUAGUGCAUACGUCACUGGAUAACUACACGCUUUAACGGGAUUCCCUAAGUACAUGUAUCAUGGCCGUGUGUUUUGUAUAUAAUUUUUAUUCGUCAGAAAUAUACAUUCAUCCAUUCAUCCGGUAACAAUCAUUUGGAUAUCAUCUUCUCUUAUGCGCGCUUCGGUAACUUUUGUUGACAUUCAUUAUAACAGGAUCUAGUCGUCGUCGGGUUAUAAACUUUGGAAACGUCAAAAAUGACAGCUGACAUACGAUUUUGACUUUUUUUUUUCAACAGUGUUCAAGAAAGUGUCUUAUAUAGUAUUCAUUCCAUUUACCAGUUUCAUUCACUUAGGUCUUAUUUAUUGAUAAGGAAAUUGUAAGUUUUAUUUGCUCUGGUAAUGUGAAUAUUUUUCAUCAUAUCAUACACUGUUUAUUAUUUUUUUCAGAAUGAUUUGUUUAUACAGUACCUCUGUAGUACCUGGUUGUGCUGUCACAGUCACUGAGUAACAGAAUCACAGCUCAGCAUUUAGAUUCACAGACAGUUUGGUGUUGCACGUGCAAUCGAAUAAAAUACGUUCCUGAUUUGGCCUUAGCACAUGCAAGUUUAGAAGAACUACAAAAUGUCCAGCGUGAGUUGGGAUAUCUUCAGUUGCGUCUGUUGAAAAUAAAAUCAAAGAAAACUAAAGCUGUUGAAAAACCUGUCACCAGAAAAGGAGAUGUUUUAAAACAAGUGAAUGAUAUAAGGACAAAAAUUAACUUCCAUUUAGAUAACCUUGAAUCAAAAGUUAUCAAGAAUGCCAAUGACUUAUUUUCUUAUUUUCCACUGCUAUUGAUAAUACAUACGAUGGAAUUAAGAAACUGGAAGAAAGUAUUCAAUCUUUGAAGGAACAAGAACAUGAACUAGAACGAGUUAAGAAGAUUGAGAACACUUCAUCAAUAUUUGUGCAAAUCAAAGAAGCUGGCGAGUAUAAGAGAGUUAGUACAGAAGUUGUGAUUGGCCAAGAGAGAUUUUAAAGAAACUAAACACUUUGGGAGAACUAUCAAUGAACAGUUUACUUCCUGCGAUAAGUCAGCUUGAAUGCAUCCACAUCAAAGCAAAGGAAGACAAAUGUUUUUGCGACAUAAGUGAUUUUUGUAUAUUGCCAAACGGAACAGCGUUACUUACAGACCAUGAGAACAAGUGUUUAAAAAGACUGGACAACAAAAACCGCAUUUCUGAACGGCUUCAGCUAUCUGCGAAACCAUAUGGAAUUUGCAUUGUAGAUGAUUCAACAGCUGCUGUUACCCUUCAUAUGGUAAAGAAAGUUCAGUUUGUGACAACAAACACAAAAAUGUCACUGAAGUCAUCGUUCAGUGUUGGCGAUCACUGUCGCGGUAUAGCGCACUGCUAUAGUCUGCUUUACGUUUGCUGUGGUGGGUGGAAGGCUGAAAAUGAAGGCCCGGGGCACGUGGAGGUGUACAAUACUGCAGGAACACUGAUGAAAAGCUUUGAUCACCAUCUUUCAAUACCACUGCAUAUAACAAUCAGGAAGCAGGAUUCAACUGAUUGGCUUUACAUAGCAGACAGCAACAAUGGAUUGAUCAUGAUGACGAGCAAAGGAUAUGUUGUGAAUAUAUUCACACAUAAAGAUAUGUUGAAUUAUACAGGCGUGUGCUUGGGACCCGAAAAUCAAAUAUUUGUAACCGGGUUGGAUAGUAACAAUGUAGCAAUGCUAGCCGAAGACGGUCAAUAUGUUGGCACAAUUUUUACGAAGAAAGAAGGUUUGAAAGAGCCACAGUCUCUGUUUUACGACAAGAAAACAUCGAAACUCUAUGUUAUGAUGGUUGACAAUGACACAGUUAAAACGUUUGAUAUUAAGUAACACUUAACCAGCAUGUUGGUUUAAUAUGACGUCAUAGUAAUUAUGUUGUAUUGUAAAUGUAAUGCUUGAGCUGUUGACCUAUAAGUGAUUUUUAUAGAAAAGGACAUUCUAAAAUGCAUUGCCAGCAGAAGCUGUCUUACUUUCCUAGAUCGAAUUUAUCAUGCGUUUGUAUGUGGUGUUUCCUAGGAAAUAGGUCUAUGCGAUUUUCAUUUUUAUAAUUUUAUAAAAUGAAGAAGCAGAUAUAAAAACAGUACUGCACGAUUUAUAUGUAAAGGGUGUGUCGGAAGGUCGUUCCUGUUUAACAAACUAGUCUUAUAACAGGUCAUGUGCUUUUUUUUCUGAAAGAUUCCAUGAUCAUGAUACUAGUUUGUAUAUUGCAAAAGAACGAAUGAAUGCACAGACCAGUCAUCGUAUCAGCAUUUUAAAUUACAAUAAUGGUUUUUACCACAUCGGCAUAAUUUCCGAAUUUGUUUUAUAUAAUCCAAAAUUUGAAAAAGUAAUACAUUUGUAUUAUAUUGUUUUUCAAAUAUUAAAAGAACA